AUGUUUUUCGUUGAAGCAGCAGCGGCCACCACCACCAAUCCCAACCUUCAGUCAGUCAGCGACUUUUGGCUGUUUGUGGUUUACUGUCUGGUGGUUAUUGUUGUUGUCAUCUUUUUCUUAUUUUACUUUAAUCGUGUGCUUGGUCAAGUACUUACAUUCAUUAUUAAUCAGUACACAUGGAGACGCUAUCAUGCUUAUAUCGAAGUUGAUUCCAUCCGUGUGUCGCUGCUGGGCGGCCGAAUCCUGUUUAAAAACCUGAGAUAUCUAUCAACAAAUCAGUCCAUCUCCAUAGUCAAAGGACACAUUGCGAUUCGAUAUUGGUUGCUGAAUGUUCGAAAAGCAGAAGACGACAAGAAUGGUAAAACCAACAAUCUGCCAUGUCGAGUGGUCUGCAGUGUCGAGGGUCUAGAGUGGUUCUUUUACAACAAUGCACCUGCCUAUGAUCGAAUGAAGGAUAUACUUGGAUUAUCGCCCAUGGACACCUGCAAUACAACCACAGCACCUCCUCUCACAAGUACAAACGAAGACGAAAAGAAGCUGACUGAUGCUCGCGGAACACUUGAUCCCGAAAGCCAGAGCCCGAUGAAUGUCGACAAUUCACUGAUGGAGCGCUUAAUGCCAAUUCAAUUUGAGUGUACAACGGGUGCAGUGAUGAUUGGCAAUACAGAGAUCAAAUCCAUGCUGGUGUGGAAAGUGUCGCAAGCCAGCGGUAUCUACAGCCUGAGUAAAGCGAGAUCAUCCAUGGACUACUACAAAUCAGUGAUGGAUUUCAUAUUGAGAAAAGUGCAGAUCAGUCUGAAGGACAACAUGGAUUAUACCAAAGUAGAUGAAACAACGGAAAGAGUCAUUAAGCCGCUACCGAGAAUCACAUUCAUUGCUUGGUUGCUCAAGCCGUUCCGAUGCUUGUACCCCUUCUCCAUGACUAGGCAGUACGGCGAGAUGCAACACAUGCGAAAUAUCAUGCGAGAUGGGAAAUCGCAGAUGGGCAGUCAAAGCGACACAACAACAUUUCAUGAAGAGUAUGCCAGAGUUACCAAUGUCGUGGAAUGCAAUGAAAUGGCUUUAACCUACUAUGCUGAUUAUGCUGGGCCUGUACCAGAAACAUCUGAUGCCUUUGCAGGUAUUGGCAUUGAUAUAGGCAAUGGAGGAUUACCGCCAGAAUGGGGAAUUCGUAUUUCAUUAUGGGAUGCUACUAUUCACUAUGGUGCCUGGGCGGAUCGACAGAGAUCAGAGAUGCAGGAUUACUUUUUUCCCAAUUCACACCGUGGCAAUACACCAACACCGAAACUAUCACCAGGCCAGCAACGUAUUGCCACGUCGUUUGAGACGUACAUUGAGUUUAUGAAUGAAGGUAAAUUGCGAGUACCCACACGAGAGAAAUCCAAGGAUUGGAAGUACCAUUCAGGGUCAUCCGAUCUGGAUAUCGGAUCUGAUGGUUAUUACUCCAGACCUUAUGGCUGGUUUAAUAUCAAGGUAGGCGAGGGCUCCUUCAUCAAGGUCGUCACACCGUUUGCAGUAGGGGAGAAUGGAUACGCCAAUGUCAUUGAUGUCGUGCUCAAAGACACAGACAUUACCACCAGCGUGAAUUACGCGUCGUUUAUUCAGUCGAAUCGCAUAGAGAUACACAUCAACAUGCCAACACCGCUGCAGUGGAAUGGAUUCAGGCACUGGGAUUUCAAAUUUACGCCCAAGAAGCCCACCAUUUUCUUACUGAGAGAUCACAUUUACUUGUUACAAGAUACCGUCAAGGACUGGACGUCAGGUCCACCUUCAGAUUUACUGCAUUUUACACCCAUGACAUACCAGCUGCAGUUUAACCUCGAGAAUCCUACCAUUUACCUCUGUGUUAACGAGCACAAUGUCAUUAAUAACCCUAAUUCAAUUGAAGAUAAUGCCUUCCUCAAGUUACAAGCCCAUCGACUGGCAUUCAAUGUCAUGCUGCCCUUCAUUGAAUUCCAGCCUGAUACCACAGCCAUCAAGUUCUUUGUAGUAGCAGAGCACGGCAGCGCAGGUCUCUCUCUACAGACAUCGCACACGCUCAGUGCUUUUAUGAGACAAGAUGAUGCCCAUGCAGCUGUCGCAGUCAACCUCACCAUUGACGGCUCGUACGAAUUUUACAGCACAGUGGAUAUUUUGCGUCACAUUGAGUCCUGCAACCUGCACCUGAAAAUCAACGGUGCCACUGUCAAGCUAUUUGGUACCUUGAUUCGAUACCUCUUUUUGCUCAAGGAAAACUACUUUGGUGCCUGGAACAAUUUCUCUACCAUUGAUGAGUACAGAAGACAAAAACGCAAUCACCAAGAGUGGCUGGAGCAGAAAAAGAAGCAAGCAGAGUCAAAGCCUCUGGCGGAUCCCUUUGAAGUCUAUCUCUUGCUCGAGUUGGAGGAUGGCGUACUCUUGUUUCCUGAAAAUCUAUACGAGUGCUCCAGGUAUUCGCAAUUUGAGUUUCAAGAGCUACAGUUGGAGUUGAGAAACUUGGAUGUCUAUCUUGACAUGUACCUCAAUAUUAGUCCCAUUACGCUGAGUAGAGACAGUAACCCCAAUCCUCAGUCAAAAGAAGGUUUCUUUCGUAUCAAAAAUGCACGCGAUCCCAAAAACUAUGUUUAUAUUGACGGGUUGAAUGUAUACGGCCAUCGCUUGUUUGGCCCACUUCCUGAAUGCUCCACUUACCUAUGUCACUGGGAGUUUGAUAUUGGUCGCAUUACAGGUGAAAUUAAACCCUCCUUCUUGCUGGGGCUCUCCUGCUUUGGUCAGUCCUUUGCCUACAACCUCAUUGACGAGGACAAUGCUGUACCGCAAGAGAUGGAAUCCAAGGAUCUACCCGACGUGUCAUUUGUCAAACUCUAUGUGCAAGAGGUCGACGUCUGUUUAAUGAGUAUGAACAGUGCUACCAACAUUGCUCUCAAAGACGGUAUUUUACUCGAGUUUGACAACUUGAUUAAUGCAAAGUACAGCCAAAGAAUCACCAUCAAAAUCCCAGCCAUUUUGACGCGAUGCUUAGCCAACCCAGAUCAAGCGCGUGGUGGCGAUGGGGCUACUGAUGGUGGUGGUGCACUGGACAACAAGGAGUAUUCUUGGGUUGAAAUUGCAAAGGCAGACCUUGGCCUCAAUGUCACUAUAUUCAGACACACAGCUGUGUGGAAAAAGGCCAGAAGUGAGCAGCAAAACUUUAUUCGAACACAGGAUUAUCCUACACGACGUUGUGUGCGUCUCUAUGAAGAAGCAGAUGCAGCAUCUCAGAGCUCACGUUCCUCUAUGCGAUCUACCAAUGAACACCAUGUGGGCAUCUUGUACGCACCACCCUUUAGACCCUUUAUGUUUGGCCGUGUAGAAGACAAAUCUGUGCUCUAUGAUAACAGCUCCUAUUCGUCAGGUGCACCGUCGCCAGAGAGUGUUCGAUUUGCAGGCUAUAAUAACAACGGCAGUAUCCAUGCCUCAAGCGAUAGACUGAUGCAAAGCGAAUCCGACGAUGAUGACGACGAUGAUGAUGAGGACAGAUCUGACUUUGAGUUUGACAGUGACCUCUAUGACAACUACUCCAUUCGCAGUGGACUCUCAGGCAAGGACAAUGAAUCAUUUCACACAGCCAAAAACUCGGAUGAAGAAGAAGAGGAUUCUUAUUCCGUGGCAGAUCAGUAUUCCAUGCAAUCCAGAGACUAUCUCAGCGACAUGACCAGUGAUGAUGAUGGCAGUGAUAGCUACACGUCUUCUGCGGAUCAAGCAGACAAUUAUCCAAAGCGCAAGCCAGAAAAAGACCUCAAAGCGGCUAUUCCGCCUUCCAUCCCUUACAGCGACUAUCUCAGGCGAUUCAAAGUGCUGCGACCUAACGCUGAAUUCACCCAUGGCGGCUUCUUUCAUCCUUAUAUACCACCCUCUCAGCCUCAUUUUGUGCCUGAAAAGGGACACGAUGAAAGCUAUCGACCCUUGUAUGACGAGACCACAACAGGCGAUGGAGAUGCACAGGGUUACUUUGCAGCGCAUGAAGCAGACCAUAGAAAGCAUUCUGACAGCAACAUGAACAACGCAGAUGCGUAUGGCAAGGGAAACGAGGUGAUUGCAACUACCGUCAUUGAGGCCACGCGACCUGUCACUGUGCUGGUGACACCUAUCUUGGUGAAGCUGGUGCAAGAGCUGGCUGAAGAGAUCAUCAAAGACGACUGGGAUCUGGAAACCAUGCUGGACGCACUGCAAAUGGAGUACAUUGAACAGUUGACCCGCUACCUAACAGACCAGUACAUUUGCACCCGUUUUGCAGUCAUUCUACCGCAAACCUACCUGCAUUUUAUUCAAAAUGUCACGGUGCCUGAUGAUCUGCCGUCUUACAAGCACGGUGAGUCCUUUGUCAAGACCCAAUACAAUCCACAAGACACCAUCCUGUGUUCAGCAGACAUCUUUCUGAACGAUUUCAAGAUGAUUGGUAGUGUCAAGUUUGAGGAUUAUGCGUUUGACGAAAAGAAGAAGAAGGUCGCUGAAUCCAACAUGGUGUUGCAGGAGUCUCGCGUGCACAUUGAUGUGGGUGACAUGGGAUCUACUGUGCAGUAUGUGUCCAAACAACACGAGAGACAGUCUAUUGCGUUUGGUAUCCCGUACGACUCGUUGCGCAACAAGAAACUGUACACCAACAUGGAUGAUGAUCAAGAAGCGUUGGUGGACGAGCUGGUCAUGCUGGAUCUGGCUGUCAAGGGGUUCAGCUUUAAAUGGCUCGGCGCAAGAACACCCAACUAUGCUGAGCUCACUGUUCACAGUGUGGAUACCAUCAUUAUUACAGAAUCUGUGGAAAUCCUUGUGGGUGCUGUCUACUCGUGGUUGGUCUUUGUGGAUGACCUCAAGGGCAUCCUGGAAAGCUUCCAAGACCAACGCACCCGACAAGUGCAGGUAUUCAUCAACGAAAUUGCCAACUACUCCAUCACGCAAGGCGUGGUGGGUGAUCCUGUGUUUUUGACCACGCCUACCACCAUGCUUCGACUGGGUUCUCGCAACUUUAGAAAUGACUGCGGCUGGAAAUUACUAGCGCGUAUGCGGCACUGCCUGAGAUCCAUGCCGUCGUCCAAACGAGAAGAAUUACAGUACAGACUUACAUCGGGUGGUGCAUUACAAGGCAUUGAUUCGGAGGCCAUGUACGCCAACGUAGUGCACACCUUCUCUCAUUGGCGUAGCUGGGAAGUGGGAUACAGCGAUAUUACGCAUUGUCGACUGUUUACGCAACCGUUCCAUCAGAACCCUCCUGUUUUGCAAGACGGAGAGAGAGCAACAGCUAAAAACAUGACGGACGAAGUAGUGCGUUUCUUGGUUUCUUCUGCAAAUUUUGCCAAAAUCAGGUUGGGUCAAUUUGUAUUCACCAUCUAUGAGGAAGAGACCGCCGAAUCAAGCAGAGAAGAAAACAGUAUCUCGCUAGGAACAUUCGAGUUUUUGCUCGAGUGUUUGUUCAAGGCAUCUGCCAUCUCGUCUGUGCCUGAACAUGGUCAGCAGCAUCCUCCUCAGAUCAGUAAGACGUUAACUGUGCCUGAUGGUUAUCUUGACAUUAUUACCAAGAUCAGUCUCGAUGAAAUCAGUAUAUCCACCAACCCUAUUAUCCUGGCCUUUGCUCGCCACAUGCUGCUGGUUCAAAAAGUGUUUACUGCCAAACUACUGAAUCUGUCGCAUGCUAACAACAAGGCCACGCCCAAUCAUUCUGGCUUUGCAGCGCAUGCAGCUACAUCUUCCACACUGCCAGACACUGUCGUCGUAGCAGAAAAUAACGAUUUUGAUUUCGAUGCUUUGCUGAGUAAGGUCGAUGUUGUAGCUCAAGCGUUGGUGAACUUGGACAAGAUUCAAAUGAUUGCUCAUGCGCAUGAACUCAGAAUGGAUACAUUGAUUUCGGGCGUCCAGGGCUCUGCUUUGUUUUCCAAUCCCAAGCUGGCGCCUCUGCAACUCAUUCAUAACGAACGUGAUUCAGAUACAGGCUCUGGAAAGAAAAGUUCCAAUCGUGGUCGCAGAACUGUGCAUGCUGAGCCUCGUCUGGUGCUGGAAGCUGCUGGUGGCAUCCACUUGAUUGACGUUAAAUUCAGAGAAGAAUUACAGCACACUACCCCAUCUGCGCUAAAUAACAAUGUCUUGCUGGGUAUUCUGCUAGAACAGGCCAACGUCAAUGCCAAUAUCUCCCAAGUGCCCAAGGUUUCUAAAAAGUACAGCAAAUCAGACACUACCAAGGCUGUGUUGAACGUGUUUUCCAACAUUCACAAGUUCCAUGUUCACGUUCCCCAGAGUCUGUUGCGUCUUUAUGGGUUUGUAGAGUCCUGGCAAACAGAGCAAGGCAGAAGAUAUCAUUUUAUGUUUCAAAACUUGAUCAAGGAAUGGGAGGAACAACGUGGUGUUCCAUCAGCUAACAACACACCUGCUUUAGCUACUGUGGAAGAUGCUCCUGCUCCUUCUCUUGCGCCUGCUGCCAAAAAGAUGGAUAUCAAGCUUCAAUUCUUGCUGAAUGAAUUUGCCGUUCAAGCAGACUUGUUGCCAUCACUCAGUUUCGAAUACAGUAUCCUGGACUUUUUUAUCAUGGUUGAUGAAACACAUCAUAAAUCAGCCCCUGUGCAGCACAUGUACGCUUUCCAGCUGUCCAAGCAGGUGGUGCAUCUCAUCACAAAGGACAAGCACAGCAACAAUUCGAGCACGUUUAGUAUCCCUGGUAUUCGUAGUACGGGAUCUAUCAAGAACGAGGUGGUCAAAGGCGUCUCUCAACUGAAGCUGCGGUCCAUGAUCUCCAUUGAUUUGAUUUCCAUGUCGCUGGAUGCCAGCUUGAUUGAUUCGAUACUGACGGCUCAAUCAUUAGUGGGCAAUGAAGUCAGUGAGCUUGUGGAAGUCUUGUCAUACUCCAAGAAUAAAAACACAACAUCAGCAUCAGCAACACCUUCUUCUGAAAUCCCUAACACAACUGCUGCAUCUUCAUCUGCUAGCCGUGUGUUCAAGUACAGUAUUGACAUUGCGUUGGACGGCCUUCAAGUGUCUGCCUCGAGCCCCUCUGCCCUGGGCAUGUUCAGGUCCAAUCUUUUGGAGGCGUCCAUCUCCAAUGACAACCUACUGGAUGGAGGACAAGAAUCAACGAAUGGAGAUCAACUUAGCUGGAAGUUGCAAGCUCGCAAUUUCUCGCUCUCGCUGGACCACAAUACGGUGGAAGACAUUGACCAAGCCCUGAUGAACAACAAGGAAGACGCCGUGUACCAGCGCAACUGUUUAGCAUAUAUUCUUGUGGAUUUCAGUGUACAGAAUUGCUUGCCUACUUGCACCACUGCCAACUGUCAAAAGGGCACACAUGCACACGCCUGUGAUAACAAUAAGCCUACAGGCGCUAUCUUUAUUGAUUUCUCUCGUAUCCAAACCGUCAUGCAGCCUAUUGCACUUGGGAAACUCGCUGAAAUGUACAUUUACUACGACGCAGAGCUAGGAAAGAAAAAGAUGAUGAAGAAGGCUGAAAUUGAUCAGCUCUCUGCAAACACAAAGCGUAUUGUUCAGUCCAUUUCCCACAAGAACGAGUGGCCCAAAGCCUUGCUACAAGAGGAGCCUCAAUCCCUGCUAGAGAACAAGACCAUCUGUCUGCAUGUGCGUCGUUUGGGUGUGGCUAUUCCUCUCAACUCGCAGUCUGAUCUGCCAUCCUCCAACAAUGCUACUGCAACAGCAGAGACACAGCGAGGUGUCAGUGCACUUUUACUGUCUGUGGUUUCUAUUGAGUUCAUGACCAAGAACAUUGAAAAGGGCGCUCUCCAACUGGACAACCUGGCUGUACAGUUUGUGAAGCGAUUUGAUCAAAACAAGGCAGAACAUUUUCUCGCAGAGAACCAUCCUCGCAUGAACCAAAUUAGUUUGCCAUCUAUUUCAUGCCAUGUCUCUGCUACCAAGGUGAAGCCACUCCAAUCUAUCAUGGUGGAUGCGCAUGUCAAAGGGUUCGAGGUCGAUGUCGAUGGCACGAUUGCAGACUAUAUCAAUACACUCAGUAUCAUCUAUGUCAAGAGCAAAGAUCGUGUGGAUGCGUUUACGACCAAGGCUAACUUCAACCUGUCCAAAACGACACCAGAAGCAGAAUCCCCGCACACCUCUGAAGUCAUCCACUUGAACCUUGAAUGCACAUUUGAAUGUGAUAGCGGUACCAUUCGCAUGUAUCCCAAGCGCCAUUCCAAUGAUGCUCAUCGCAAUAAGAAGAAACUCAAGGCGUUACGUAUUCGCACAGGCUUUGACCCUAAAUCCUCCAGUGAAGGCAACAUGGCGACAGUGGAGCUACCAGGCCUCAGUGCGUGGUUACUGUACCAGACACCUCUGGGUGCACAUGCUAAAGUCAUAGAUGCGCCCAAACGAUUUCAUGCCGACGUCUUGAUCCGAGAGAGUGUCAAUACACUGCACCCAGCUUUGGUGCAGUUCCUGAGAGAGGUGACCGCAGGCUUGAAGCUGGGCAUCCAACAGUCCAGCGAGAGAAAGGCAGAUCGCCCAGCAACGUCCGAGCAUGAGUCCAACUUGAAUGCUUCCCUGUUCUUGCGUCUAUCAAGAACCCAACUGGACCUCAGCUGUCAACCUGCGUCCAAAGUGGUGUGUUCCUUGGGCUGGGAACAGAGUGAAUUCAUGAUGAAUGCCUUUUCAGAGGACACCACAUCGCGCACCAUCAGUUGCGUAGGCUCUGUGCGAGAAAUCACGGCCAUGGUCAAGCAUCACUUUUCUCCAGAAGCGUGCUUGAAUGCUCGUAUUGACCGCAUUUUGUUCAACGUCAUGCUGACAUCUCAACGCGGAGGUGGUGAUUUGAAGGAUGAUAUCUCGGUCAUUGUCGAACUACCUCAUAUUCUGGGCGAUGUCAAUAUGCGACAUUUGCAAGAUCUUUUGAUUCUCAAUACCUGCUGGUUUGCACAGCCCAUGGAUAUCCACCACACGCCCAAAUCUCCCAAGUUGCCAUCUAGUGCCAUUGAAAAGCCAGUAUCGGUCACAUCCACCUUGGACGACAGCGAGGAAGCAACACUGUCACCACCAGCACCCUUCUCAAAGCACAUUGCCGUCUGUGUACAAAGUAUGAAGUUCUCGGUGGAUCUCGGUCAGAACAUUGGCAAGAUCACGCUGAUGCCCAACGCCCUGUCUUUCCAGCUGCAUCAUGUGCCGCAUGAGACCAAAGGGCUGAGUCUCUCCUUGGACGAAAUCAAGGUAGUUUCAGAGGGCAGACUAUCCGGCAAGGCGGAAUUCAAUCGAGCUGUUGUUCAGGGCCGUGUGGAUCAAUCAUUUGAAAAUGGACUUGUCAAGGAAAAGUCUUCGAUUUGCGUGCGUUCGGAUGGUUUCAAUGCAGCGUUUGAAUACGAGUAUCAAAAUAUCCUGGACGCUAUUCAGCAAUCGCUUGAAUUGAACGUGGAUUUGCAACGCACUUUGGAUGUGUACGAUUUACAAAUGUCGAUCAACUUGGAUGCGCUGAUUGCCAGACUCUCUGUCAAAACUGUGCCUGUCAUCAUCACCAUGGUUCAACGAUUCAACGAAUUGCUCAAGAAAAAGAAGGCAGAGGCUGGUAUUCGUUCAGAUGAGUACGACGCAGAGAAUUUCAAGACCACCACCAUCGCACAUAACGCUGCUGCUGCUGCUGCACCCAAGAAGGAGCAUAAGCAAAAGAAGGUCUAUGAAAGCGCCUCUGUGCAUAGUCAGGUCAAUCUGUCCAUCAAGGCUGUAGAAAUUGUGAUAUAUCCAAGCCAAUUCCAAGACUCGGAUAACGUGGAUAUUCGAGCCAAGCAAUUCAAGGUGGGUUUAGAAGAGUUGCCACGCAAUGAAGACGGUGUGCAUCGCAAGCUAGUGAUCACAUUGACUAGUGCUGCUCUGGCCAAGAACGUGCCUGGAAAAGAAUUGAUGGUGCGCUACAGUGCCCCACUUCCUCCUCCUGGGUCCAAGCUCAAGAACUUGGGCGGCACCAAGAUCUUUGGUAUUCCGGGCACUGAAAUCAGCAUGGAAUCCACGCAACUGGACAGACACAUUACACAUGAGUUUGGCACCGAUUUUGCUGGUCGUAUCAGUGUUUCGCUCAACAUUGGCCUCAUCAAGUACUUGCAGGAGAUGAUCAACAUGUUCAACAUGCAACUAGACCGUGCAUUGGAGAAGGACAAGCCGCACUUGACACCUGAACCCAGUACACCUCUCAGUGUGUCGAGCAGCAGUAACAAUUUCGAAGACAUGGAUGAUCCUAUCCAUAGCAGAAGAAAGCUUUCAUCGGUCUCAAGUGCUUCCAAUACUCUGUUGACGCCGGCGACCAAUGCGCAGGCCGAGGAGGGUCGUGUUGCCAAGCAGCAAGAGGAUGAACAGCCGUCCAGUGAAUCAGCCGAGAAAUACACCUAUGCCUCUAUCAAUUCUGUGAGUUUCCAACCUCAGUUGCAAGUGAUGGGCGAUGCUACUCCACCUGUGGAAUGGCUUGGUCUCAAGAGAGAGAGAAUACCAGGAUUAGUUCAUGAAAAUAUCACAUUACAUCUAGAUCAAGUUGUGAAGAUUAUUUGGGGUGUAUUGGAAUCUCAAGCAGAUUGA